GGCCGAACGAUUUUGCAGCUGAGAAACGCACCCUAAGCCGUCGAAAUUGUUAUAUUCGAAUAUAAAAAAAAAACUAGCAAGAAUUGGGAAGCGGCUUAGGGUGCUCGAUAAAUUUUUGCUUGUAUCUACCAUGUCUGAUCGCCCUAACCCCUUUACCCUUGGAACAACACUUUGCUCCUAAAGCCUAUCCGACCUAAACACAAAACUUGAGUGUCUAAUUAUUGUAUGUUAGAGCGAAGAUAUUUGUGUUCUUGUUCUCCCGGCAGUUGGAUACACAAUGCGCGAUAUUCGGUACAAAUGGAACGCCGGCCUACAGUCGGUCGGCAUCUCGAACGAGGUGGAACUACCGCAGUUUCGCGUGCUCGGUCACAGGCAACGAAAUUCAACCAUACACCUAUCUACAGUCGGAUACACGAUGAGGGACAUCCGGUACAAGUGGAACGAGGGCCCGGACAGCGUCGGUGUCAGCCCCGAAGUCUCCCUCCCUCAGUUCAAGGUCCUUGGUCACCGUCAGCGAGCCAUGGAGAUUAGUCUUACUACCGGGAAUUAUUCGCGGCUGGCCUGCGAGAUCCAGUUCGUACGGUCGAUGGGCUACUACUUGAUUCAAAUCUACAUUCCCUCGGGCUUGAUCGUCAUAAUCUCAUGGGUGAGCUUUUGGCUGAACCGAAACGCGACCCCCGCUCGGGUGGCCCUCGGAGUAACCACUGUGCUCACCAUGACCACUCUAAUGUCCUCGACGAACGCGGCAUUACCGAAAAUCUCCUACGUGAAGUCCAUCGACGUCUAUCUGGGAACCUGUUUCGUCAUGGUGUUCGCCUCGUUGCUCGAAUACGCCACGGUGGGCUACAUGGCAAAGAGGAUUCAAAUGAGGAAGAACCGCUUCCAAAAAAUAGCAGAAAGUAUGAAAGCAGCGAGAGAGAAUACAGGACCGCCCGGAGUGCCCGGCGAUCACGUAGACCACGCGCCUAAGCAAACUGAGGUGCGGUUCAAGGUACACGACCCAAAGGCACACAGCAAAGGUGGGACACUCGAGAACACCAUAAACGGGCGAGCCGAUGAGGAGGCAGCGCCGGCACCACAACACCUCAUUCAUCCUGGCAAGGAUAUCAGCAAACUUUACGGUAUUACGCCGUCAGAUAUCGACAAAUAUUCCCGCAUCGUAUUUCCGGUAUGCUUCGUCUGUUUCAACCUAAUGUAUUGGAUCAUAUAUCUGCACAUCAGCGACGUCGUGGCAGACGGUUUGGUGGAUCUCAAGCAGGGGAAUUAAAUGAACAAACCCAACGGUCGCGCGCACACGCGCACGCCUCCGACGAAAAGGACGUGCGGUAAAAGACAAACACGAAAGUAUAAAAAAAACUGAGGGUGGGGCAGACGGUGAGACCAGUUCGCAAGAGGAACUAAGAAAAAAAAUAGAAAAAUCAAGAAUCAAUAUUCUGCGAAAGGGACAGACCGAAAUAACGCUGUGAUUAGUUUGAGACGUGGGCAAGUAAAUGAAUUCGUAUAAAUUAAAUCGACAUGGCCGGUGGAGAUCGACAAUUGAAGGAAAAACGGAAAAUAUAUGAAGACAAAACGAAUAGUGAAAAGAGACUGGGAGAGCUGUACGGAAGUUAAUAGCUCUCCGCUGAUUUAACCAAAAUAUAAUUUCGAUUCGAGAUAAAAAGUGUCAGAUCAAAAACGUCGGAGACUCGAACGAGUCGUGUCGUCCUACGACUAGGAGAUUAGAGACUGUUACUGGUCAGGCAGGUCUGACGACUAGAAACGCGCUGUGGCUGCUUCGUGUCAUUCCGCGAUACCGAUCGUGUAAUCUCCCUUGCGAAAUGAUCUUCAAUUUCCGCAAAACCCCUCUCGCUAACUGUCCCUGUGGAACAGUCCAAUUGCAAUGCGAAUCGUGAUGCUCGCGCGAGAACGAAAGUGACGGGAACGGGCGGAACACGCCUGUGCAAAAAUAUUCAAACUAAACGGCGAAUCCACGAGCGUGCAUACUUUAAACAUUGCCAGUCUAGGUACAUACAUAGCACUUUAAAAAAGAAAGAGAAGAAAAAGAAAUACUUAUAUAAACACUUGUCAAUUUAGCUACCAUGAUAUACAUACAUAUAUACAUACAUAUAUACAUAUACAUAUACAUAUAUAUAUAUACAUAUAUAUAUAUAUAUAUAUAUAUAUAUAUAUAUAUAUAGUAAAAUUAACUAAACGUAAGGGAGAACGCAAAGUUCGAGACGACGAAUCGGAAGAAAUGUGAUGGAAAACGAGAAACUUUGGGAACGAUUAAGAAUCAACGAUCAUCGCUCGAAUGGCGCUCGUGCGUGCGUGUGCGUGUGUACGAAUGCGCGCGAGAUCGAUGAAAAGGAG